UUCCAACAAUAUCAUUCUCCAAUUGCCCAGUUUGACUUAAAAGUUUUUUCUUGAAAUACAUACAAAAUGUGCUUCUGCUUCCCAUCUUCAACGACCGUUGUAACAAAACAGGGUGUUAAACGACUUGACGAAAUUCGCCCUGGUGACUUUAUUUUGACCCUGAAUAAGCACCAGCAACAAAAGUGGACCAAGUUUUACACUUGGGGACAUCGCGAGAAGGACCUCAGCGCAGAUUUCUUAAAGAUUACGGUGGUUGGCGGAAGUGAGAUUUGCAUUUCUGAGAAUCAUUUGCUUUUUGUUGUUGACAAAGAAAAUGAGCAUGCAAAAGUUGCUAAGAUGGCAGGACAGCUUGUCAUCGGAGACAAACUUUACCAUAUUUCGUCGACUAGAUCUGUCACCAUGCGCUCCAUUGUUUCCAUCAUACCAGUUCAACUUUCUGGAGCUUACGCUCCUUUCACAAUGUCGGGAACAUUUCUAGGAAACAACUUUCUCGUGGCGUGCUACGCUAGCGUGAACAAUUUCAAGUUGGCGCAUGCAGUCCUCGCUCCACUCCGAUUUUGGACCAAGUCGACAGUGAAGAAGGACGCGGAGAGACCGGAAGGGAUUCACGGGUAUAAUUUGGCUCUCAUGAAAAUGAGAGAAUCUCUUCCGACAUCUUGGCAGACGAUGGUGUAACUUUUGUUUGUGUGUUGAGGAUUAAAAAUUAAAUGUAGUAAUAUCAAAUCUUUAUCAAACUUUACAUGAUCAAAGAAAUUGUAGAUAAAUGUAUCCCAAUAAAAUCAUAUAACACAUUAUGCAAUUUUA